UAAGUUUUAACUCCUAAGCACGUUUAGACACUUGUAAGUGUAUGAUUUGAAUUUCUAUAACAGAUAAUUCGAAAAUGAAUGAAUUACCGUAUCAAGCAGAAUAUGCAAAGUCCGGUCGAGCGGCGUGUAAAGGUUGCAAAGAGAAAAUUGAUCAAGGAUCAUUACGUAUUGCGAUAAUGGUGCAGUCAGCAUUUCAUGAUGGAAAACAACCAAAUUGGCACCAUGAAAAAUGUUUGUUUAAGAAAAAAUGUCCAACCAUACAAGAAAUAGGAAAUUUUAAUAAACUAAAAAAUGAAGAUCAAAAAAGAAUUAAAGAACUAUUGGCUAAUUCAUCUGGUGCUGUUAUGCCAGUUGAAAAAGGUAAAAAAGGAAAGGGCACAAAGAGAAAAGAAGACAAAUUACAACCUGGUAUUUGUAAUUUCUCAGUAGAAUAUGCUAAGUCAAGUAGAGCUACUUGCAAACAGUGUGACAUUAAAAUUUGCAAGGAUGAAGUAAGAAUUUCUAAAAUGGAAUUUGAUCCCCGAUAUGGUGAUGCACCGGCUUGGCAUCAUGUAAAGUGCUUUGCCGAAAGACAGGCUGAGUUUUUAUUCUUGGCGGGAGGAGAGGACAUACCAGGAUUUAAACAUCUCCAAAAGGAAGAUCAAGCCAUGGUUAAGAAAGAAAUUAAACCUAUAAGUCCUGAUGGAGGUCCAAUAAAGAAAUUAAAAUCAGAACCUAAAGAUGAAGAAGAAAUCAAGAAGGAAAAAAAAUUAGAAAAAGACUUAUGCAAGCAAAAUGACUCAUUCCACAAGUACCGAAGCCGCCUCAGUGAACUUGGCAAAAGUGAUUUGCACGAACUGCUCGAAGCUAAUUCACAGGAGAUACUAAAAGGACCAGAUGAGUGCUUGGACCACUUGGCGGACAUGAUGGCAUUUGGGGCUCUGGAUCCUUGUCCUGAAUGCAGACAGGGUCAGCUUAUUUUGGACACUUUCAAUUAUAGAUGCACAGGUAAUAUAAGCGAAUGGACCAAAUGUAGCUUCACAACGAGGACACCGAAACGGAAUCCGAUGAAAGUGCCCUCCAGCUACAAAAAAGGAUCAGUGUUUAAGUCCUACAAACCAAAAAUUGGUGAGCGAUUGUUUGAGCUUGCACCUCCUCCGGCCAUCAUCGUCAAGAAGGAGGAACCGCAAGGUGAGAAGAAAUUCCCCAUUCCACCGCUAAAGAAUCUCCAGUUUUUCAUGUAUGGUAAAUUCAAGGGGGAUAAAGAGGAAAUUAAAAAGCGAAUUUUAAAAAUGGGAGGUCUGGUCACGAGCCGAGUCACCGAUACGCUGGCCGCGGUCGUGUCCACGGAGAAUGAGGUGGAGAAAAUGGCCGCCAAGAUGGAGUCCAUCCAAGCCGAAGACAUCGAAGUCGUGAACGAAGAGUUUUUCGAUUUGAUCGAUUCAAAAAGUGGUUCCGUUUCCCAAACGCUGGACCUCAUCAAACAUAACAAUAUUGCGCCUUGGGGAUCGGAUCCUACAAAGCGCGUCCCCCAAGACGUGAUCGACGGAAAGUCCAUUCAAAAGUCCGGCAGCAACUACGUGAAGUCGUCCGGUGUCACUAAACUAAAAAUCAAAGGAGGGACUGCCGUCGACCCCGACUCCGGUGUCUCCGACGAAGCUCACGUGUACGUCGACCCCGAAGGGGCCAAAUAUACAGUGACACUCGCGAAGACGGACGUCGUCGCCGGCAAGAACUCGUAUUAUAAGAUGCAGGUCUUGGCGGCUGAUAACAAGAAGAAAUUCUGGUUCUUCCGUUCGUGGGGUAGAAUUGGCACACCAAUCGGGGGCAACAAGCUCGAAGAUUGCAAAUCUCUUCAAGACGCCGUCCGCAAGUUCGAAGACAUGUACAUGGAGAGAACUGAAAAUCCUUGGGAGAUGCGCGACGAUUUCAUGAAGAUGCCGGGCGCUUACUAUCCGAUCGAGGUGGACUACGGCGACGGGGACAAUGUGAUGAAAGAGAAGAGCAGGAUGAAAGUGGACACGAAUUGCGGUCUCGCUCUGCCCGUCCAGAACCUCGUGCAGAUGAUAUUCGACAUUGACACCAUGAAGAGAACGCUGCUAGAGUUCGAGCUCGACACGGAGAAGAUGCCUCUAGGAAAGCUUUCUAAGAAACAGAUUAAGUCCGGCUACAACGUGUUGUCCCAACUCCUCGCGAUCGUUCAAAAGGGUAACGCAAGUAACAGCAAAAUUGUGGAUUCGACCAACAGAUUUUACACGGUGGUGCCGCAUAGUUUCGGCCUCGACAAUCCUCCGCUGCUGGACAGCGAGGAGGCGGUUUUGAAUAAGAUUCAGAUGCUGGACAGCUUGAUGGAAAUUGAAAUCGCCUACAGUCUUCUCAACUCGGAUGAGGAGGAAGGCGUGAGUGCAAUCGAAUCUAACUACAAAAAGUUAAAGACGGAGUUGGAGCCCCUGGACAAGAGUAAUGAAGAGUACCAGAUGAUAGCCGAUUACGUGAAGAACACGCACGCGGCCACCCACACUAAUUAUACCCUCGAAUUGCAGGAGGUAUUUAAAGUGAAGCGCGAAGGUGAAGCGAAGCGAUACAAGCCGUUCCGUAAGCUCCACAACAGGCGUCUGCUAUGGCACGGGUCCAGGACUACUAACUUCGCCGGCAUUUUGUCACAAGGUCUCCGCAUAGCGCCGCCCGAAGCCCCCGUGACGGGUUACAUGUUCGGCAAAGGCAUAUACUUCGCCGACAUGGUGUCCAAGUCGGCCAACUACUGCUGCACCAACACCGACAACCCCGUCGGCCUCAUGCUGCUCAGCGAGGUGGCUUUGGGAGACAUGAAAAAGUGCAAACAAGCAGAGUACAUAACGAAGUUACCGGCCGGCGCUCACUCCGUGUGGGGUAUGGGCCAGACAGAGCCCGAUCCGUCCCAGAAUAAAAUACUCGACGACGGCGUUAUUGUGCCGCUGGGAAAGUCUGUUCAAAAGAAAGAGAAAACGUCAUUACUUUACAACGAAUUCAUCGUAUACGACGUCGCCCAGGUCAACGCGAAGUACCUGCUGCAAGUGAAGUUCAACUACAAAUAUUGAUUAUAUAUUGCUAUAUGCUGUUGUUCCCUAAUUAUUAAAAAGAAGAUUAAAGGUGAGACCGAAAUGCUUGUGAUACCUGGAUAGUGUUUGAACUGAAUUCCUCCAAGUCAUAAACUAACCUCUAUUCAUAGAAGUACAAUCGGUCUUACACAGUUUCAGCAUUUUCUUCCACACAUAAUGGCAUGAACAUUUUGUCUUAAAAGGUAGAAUUUUCCAUAGAAGUUAUGUAUUACACUAUUAUUUUUUAUCUCUACAUCAUCAAUAUUAAUUAUACUUCAUCUAAACCCAUGUAAGACUGAAUUAAUUUUUAUGGAUAAGGUUUGUAGAAGAUUAGUUUCUUUGAUGUUUUAAGGUGUCGGUUGGGCUAAAUUGUAAAACUGUAGCCUUAGCCGAGGUGCCUCCAAUAUGUUUUUGAUUAAUUUUACUGUUUAUAUGUGCCAUUACCAUUUAUGGUUCUGCUUUAGUCUUAAGUUGAUUAACGUUUACGAGGCAGCGAUUAUUGUUUUUGUUAAUGACUUAAAGUUAAUUGAUUGAAUCUGUUUUGUUUAUACAAAAUGUCAUUCAGAAUUUAGAUUAUAUGUAUGUCAACAUAAGAUGUGCUGAAUUUACUAAUUAUGCUAUUCAAUUUAUGAACAAUCAGUUUAUUUGUAAUAUCUUAAUAUGUUAAAAUGAAACAAUAAUGUUUUCAACAAAAA